CGAGGGGAAGCUGAUGCAGUCAGAUCAGGUUCAUCCUCUGUCCCAUCAUGAACGCUUUACUGGUAUUCACCGUCUUAUUCGCCGGCGCCUGCGUGGCCGACGUUUCCCACGUCGUAAACCAAAAGCCCGUUAUCGAAAUCCUGAAGUAUAACCAGGACGCACGUCCUGAAGGAGAUUGGAACUUCGAUUUCGAGACGCAAAACGGCAUCGCCACCAAGGUGGAGAGCGACGCUGACGGGGAAAUGCGGGGAGAAUAUCACUACGUCGACCCUAAUGGCAAUCCCGUCGAUGUGAAAUGGAAGGCUGGCCAGCACGGAUUCGUUGCUCAAGGAUCGUCCAUCCCUGCUGUCCCAGACACCGUGGUCCGCGCCCUCAAGUACAUCGAGGAACACCCCUACAAAGAGCCCGUCAGCAAGCCUUGAUUUCGCCAGCCAAACAGAUUUUGGCUGGAUGAUGUAAUAAUAUACACGUUAUAUAUACAUACGUAUAAAAAUUGAUAAAUUCGAAUAAAUUUUACUCUACAUUUCAA